AUGACGCCCCAACACCAAGAUUAUGUUACCCAGAUAGAAGAACAAUUGCGACAUAGCGGGUUUUUGCAAGCGGUUGUCGACAGACCUCCCCCGCAACCAGCAAUUCCUCAGAAAGCUCCUUGGAGCCCAACAAGUGAAACCUUUCCUGACCAAGUGGCAGAUUAUGAAUCGGACACUUACAGCAGCCCAGAAGCUCUAAGUAUGCAGGCCGUCACUUCAGAGCUGAAGAAAAAGCUACAGACGCGCGAAGCGCCCCUUUUACUCCCGCCAAAGGAUUACGACACAGUACAUAGAAAACAGGGAAGACUAGACGAUAUUUCGUCGCGAAAAAGUCUCAAUGAAAUAUUAGUUGGUCGUACUGCCGUAGAAGCAGCAGCCACUAUUUCAGGGAAUACAUCCCUCUUAAAUGACGAAGAGAAAGAACAAGAUGAAAACCCGAACGAUAAACCUAUAUAUUACCCUGCUAAGCAACCAUCCGACCACGACAUGAUGUACCCAAUGACGUCCGUUGGAAGCCCACCAGUAAUGCGAAGAGAAAACCUAUACAAAAGAAACAGGGAAAGCAUCGAUUCUUUCUUAAGUAAUUCCUCAGGAGGUAGUCGGGCAAGCUACACCUCACCAGAGAAAAGCAGUCCUACACUUGCAACGAAGCGUGGUCAUAUGUCUGCUUAUGAAAACUUCCCAACGUUAAAAGGUCCAGAAAGAAGCCCUGUUGCCACCAGCAGCCCGGAUAUGUUUAAGAGGAAUAGUUUGCAUCACAUGCGAGAAAGUUCCAUGUCUUCCAGUCACAGUGGCAUAUCAUCUCACUCGGACCAUUCUCAAUAUUUAUCACAAAUAAUGAACGAAGAAAACCUGGAAAUUCCUCCAGAUUACGAUCAAGACACUCGAUUCAUAUCUAUCUAUCUAUCUAUCUAUCUAUCUAUCUAUCUAUCUAUCUCAGUAAUCAUAUCUACCUAUUUCAGUCGAUUCAUAUCUAUCUAUCUAUCUAUCUAUCUAUCUAUCUAUCUAUCUAUCUCAGUAAUCAUAUCUACCUAUUUCAGUCGAUUCAUAUCUAUCUAUCUAUCUAUCUAUCUCAGUAAUCAUAUCUACCUAUUUCAGUCGAUUCAUAUCUAUCUAUCUAUCUAUCUAUCUAUCUAUCUAUCUAUCUAUCUAUCUAUCUCAGUAAUCAUAUCUACCUAUUUCAGUCGAUUCAUAUCUAUCUAUCUAUCUAUCUAUCUAUCUAUCUAUCUAUCUAUCUAUCUAUCUAUCUAUCUAUCUAUCUCAGUAAUCAUAUCUACCUAUUUCAUAAUCAUAUCUACCUAUUUCAGUCGAUUCAUAUCUAUCUAUCUAUCUAUCUAUCUAUCUAUCUAUCUAUCUAUCUAUCUCAGUAAUCAUAUCUACCUAUUUCAGUUGAUUCAUAUCUAUCUAUCUAUCUAUCUAUCUAUCUAUCUAUCUAUCUCAGUAAUCAUAUCUACCUAUUUCAGUCGAUUCAUAUCUAUCUAUCUAUCUAUCUAUCUAUCUAUCUAUCUAUCUAUCUCAGUAAUCAUAUCUUUCAUCGAUUCAUAUCUAUCUAUCUAUCUAUCUAUCUAUCUCAGUAAUCAUAUCUACCUAUUUCAGUCGAUUCAUAUCUAUCUAUCUAUCUAUCUAUCUAUCUAUCUAUCUAUCUCAGUAAUCAUAUCUACCUAUUUCAGUCGAUUCAUAUCUAUCUAUCUAUCUAUCUAUCUAUCUAUCUAUCUAUCUAUCUCAGUAAUCAUAUCUACCUAUUUCAGUCGAUUCAUAUCUAUCUAUCUAUCUAUCUAUCUAUCUAUCUAUCUAUCUAUUCAUAUUUAUCUAUCUCAGCCUAUUCAUAUCUAUCUAUCUAUCUAUCUAUCUAUCUAUCUAUCGUUAGAACAAGAAUUAAAAGAAUUCUCUACCUAUCUAUCUCAUUCUGUUCAUAUCUAUCUAUCUAUCUAUCUAUCUAUCUAUCUAUCUAUCUAUCUAUCUAUCUCAUUCUCCUUUCUCUUUAUCUCUCUCUUUCCCACUUUCACAAUUCCCAUCUCUCAAAACUGA